GCCAUGAUAGGCGAAAUCUGUGCUGCUGCAAAAUUCAUCUCUAAGUUCCUCGGCAUCAAGGGCCUGAGGAGUGAACAACAGCUGCAGACCUUCAGCCAGAGCCUGCAGGAACUGCUGGCAGAACAUUACAAACAUCACUGGUUUCCAGAGAAGCCCUUCAAGGGAUCUGGCUACAGGUGUAUUCGUAUCAACCAUAAGAUGGAUCCUCUGAUUGGACGAGCAGCCCAGCAGAUUGGCCUGAGCAGUCAAGAGUUGUUCAAGCUUCUGCCAAGUGAACUCACACUCUGGGUUGACCCCUACGAAGUGUCCUACCGGAUUGGAGAGGAUGGCUCCAUCUGUGUGCUGUACGAAGCCUUGCCAGCGGCAGACAGUUCUCAAAGUGGCACCAACGAGCAAACGGUAGACAGCAGAAUCAGUUGCAAGGAGAAAACUUUCUUGAGCAGAGCAAGCAAUAUUAUGACUGUAUCGGGUUAA